CCACUCAAAUUCCGCCGUGUGGACAUAAUGGAUAGCGCAAUGCGUGUUCUUUCCUUGAAAGAAAUUCAAUGAAAUGCACUGAAGAAUGAAAUGCACUGAAAUUUAAACAUGACACAGAUGGACCACUGUAUAUGAAAGGAUGAAAGGGUCCACGCAUUUGUGUAUGUCCUUUGCGAAACGGACCUUGUUCGUUUCGCCGAAAUUGUUAGGGUCAACCCGUGUCCUCUCCUCCUCCGCACGAGACUCAAGUGUUUUGGUUUCAUCUCAGUGUAAUGAAGCUGCGCUAUAUGUUCACUGGCCUUACUGUCUGAGAAGAUGCUCGUACUGUAACUUCAACAAGUACAUUCCACGCGCUGACAACCACGCUGCCAUGACAGAAUGUUUGCAGAAGGAGACCGCAACUUUGUUGCACCUCAGUCAGGUGUCUCGUGUAACAUCUGUAUUUUUCGGAGGGGGAACCCCUAGCUUGGCACAGCCUGCCACUAUUGCAGCUGUCCUGGAGACUGUCUCCCAGCAUGCCCAUCUGUCAGAGGGUGCAGAGGUCACGCUGGAGGUCAACCCAACACCUACUGGCAUGUCCAAGCUCAAAGACUUCGUACACGCUGGAGUCAAUCGAAUGUCUAUAGGAGUCCAGUCUCUCAAAGAGGAGGACCUGAAGGUUUUGGGAAGAGACCACAGCCCCCAGCAUGCUUUGCGCACCAUCUCUGAGGCCCGGAGGCUUUGUCCCGGACGCGUGUCGGUGGACGUCAUGUUCGGCCGGCCGGGCCAGAGCGUUGCAUCCUGGGAGAGAGAGCUGCAGGAGCUGCUGCGCGUGUGUGACGACCACGUGUCGCUCUACCAGCUGACCCUGGAGAGAGGCACGCAGCUCUUUAAGCAGGUGGAGCGGGGGGAGCUGACCGUCCCGGCUGAAGACGUCACUGCUGCCAUGUACAAGACCGCUCGGGAGAUCUUGGAGACCAGAGGGUACCGCCAGUAUGAGGUGUCCAACUUCGUCAGAAGAGGUGCGAUGAGUGAACAUAACCUGGGCUACUGGAGAGCUCAGCAGUACAUUGGUGUUGGGCCGGGGGCUCACGGCCGAUUCGUGCCCCUCGCGGCAGGACUGGACCGCAGGGAGGCGCGCACCCAGACCCUGGAGCCGGACGUGUGGAUUCGAGAGGUCCAGAAGUUUGGUCACGCCACCCGGCGCCGCCUUCCUCUGAGUCACCUAGAGCUGCUCGAGGAGGUGUUGGUUAUGGGACUGCGGAUGGUCAGUGGCAUCACACAUCAGCACUGGGAAGUGUUCAGCCCUGGUGAUGAUCUUCAUGCUUGUUUCGGUCCAUCUGGAGAUGUACAGGACCUGCAGCAGAGAGGCCUUCUGCUCCUUGAUGACAGGGGGUUGCGGUGCUCCUGGGAGGGUUUGGCCUUGAUGGACAGCAUGCUCCCUACUCUGUUAGUGCAGCUAGAGACCCAUGUGCUUCGUAAGACACAGCAACAGAACAAGACGUGCCUCCCAGCACAAGCACGGCAUAGAGAAUGA